AUGAAUGCGCCUUCGGUACGACGACAAACGGCAACCUCCUCGAUGUCGGUGCUGCUGGGAGUGAUUCUGGUGCUGCUGGUGCCGCUGCAGCUAGGAUUUUCAGCUCUGCCCGUUCAGGCCAAGGAAAUCGUCAUUCGCAAUAAGGAUUUCCCGCAGCUAAAGGAGAAACCUGAUUGGCUGCGAGUUUGCCGAAGAGACAACCCCAACGACGAUAAUUGCUUCAAAAAGAUGUUCGAAGAAACGUUUCCAUCCAUUGCAAAGGGAAUACCACACAUCGGAGUACAGCCGUUUGAUCCGUUGCGGAUAGAGUCGGUACAGGUGUCCCGGGGGUCUGGUGCCCUCUCGCUGAGCGGGGGGUUUAAAAAGCUCAACAUUAAGGGCCCAUCGAACACGACCGUUAGACGUGCCAAUCUAGAUUUUAAGACUCACGCACUAAACUUCGAUCUGGAGAUUCCGAAGCUGAAAAUCGAUGCCGUGUACAAUCUGAAAGGGAACGUCCUGCUGUUGCCGCUGGUAGGCGACGGUGACAUAACGAUGGUGCUGAAAGACGUGAAAACAUCCGUAACCACCAAGUUCAGUGUGCGUCCCUUACCCGAGGACGCCAUAUUUAUCGAGGAGAUGAAAGUCACCUUUCUGGUUGGUGGAAUUCGCAUGCAUUUGGACAACCUCUUUCAAGGCAACCAGGUCCUGGGCGCAUCGCUGAAUCUCUUCUUGAACCAGAAUGCCAACGAGGUUGUCGCGGAACUCCGGUCGGAUCUCGAGUCCGGUCUGGCGGAUAUCUUCACCGGACUGUGGAACGAACUGUUCAACAAGCUGCCCUUGAAGCUGUGGAUUUCGUGA